AUGCUCCUUCUCGCAGCGACGAUAGCUGCCCAGUAUGACUACAUCAUCGUGGGAGGGGGAACGAGUGGCUUGGUCGUUGCUCACCGAUUGUCAGAAGACCCAAAGACCUCAGUCCUGGUCCAUGAAGCAGGACCCUCGGUCUUUGAUAAUAUCAACGUAACCGAUAUCAACCGUCUGAACUAUACCUACGACAGCUCCAUCGACUGGGCAUAUCAAACCGUACCGCAGACCUACGGUGGACGGACCCAGGUUCUGCGCGCUGGCAAAGCGCUGGGAGGAACGAGUGUCAUGAACGGGGCGGCGUAUGCACGCGCAGAAGUUGCACAGAUCGACUCAUGGCAGGAGAUUGGUAAUGAUGGAUGGUCAUGGCAGAAUCUCUUCCCAUACUACUUCAAAAGUGAAAACAUCCGCCUCCCCAACCAGACACAGAUUGGAGCUGGUGUCUCCAUUGAUCCGAAGUACCAUGGCUUCAGCGGACCGCUGUCUGUGGGCUUCUUUGACCUACACAAAGGAGAUCAUGAUCUGACAGCAGUAUUCAAUCGAACACUGGGGUCCAUGGGUAUCCCAUCGAAUCCAGAUUUGAAUUCAGGACACAUGCGAGGAUUCACUAUUCACCCGUCGACGGUGGAUGUGGCGAAUGUUCGGAAUGAUGCUGCUCGCGCAUAUUACUGGCCGUACGCGAAGCGGCCAAAUGUGCAUGUGAAACUGAAUACGUUGAUCAACCGGAUAGUGUGGGGGGAUCGGGAUAAGGGAGGUAAUGAGAGGGAUCUUACUGCGACUGGAGUUGAGAUAAACAAGGGGCGUGGAAAAGGACGCGUCAUUCAUGCGCGGAAGGAAGUCAUUUUGGCUGCUGGUGCUCUGGGAUCACCUGCUAUUUUGGAGCGUUCUGGUGCUGGGAACCCAAGUAUUCUCCGGAAGCUUAACAUCCCGGUGCAUAUCAACCUCCCCAGUGUGGGAGAGAACCUACAGGAUCAACUGAAUACAUCAAUCGUUGUGUCCACGAAGGCACCUGUAACGGGAACCAGAACAGUGGCAUUUGCUUCAGCAUCCGACAUCUUCGGGUCAUCGGUAGAGUCGGUUGCGGCAUCGACGCGGUCACAACUAGUCCAAUAUGCCAAUGACACUGCUAAGGCGAGCCACGGGGCCAUGAAAGCCGAGGACCUUCUUAGGAUGUUUGAAAUCCAACAUGACCAUAUCUUCAGCCAGAAUCUCCCUGCUGCUGAAUUCGUCUUUCUCCUGAAAGGAGACCAGUCGAUUCAUACUGGAUACUGGGGUCUACUCCCUUUUGCCCGGGGAAACUCCCAUGUUGUCUCUGCUGAUCCUACAAUACCGCCGGUUGUGAACCCCAAUUAUGGCAUGCUGGACUGGGAUGUUCAGAUUCAGAUCGCCAUGUCCAAGUUUCUCCGCAAGAUGUAUAAGACGGGCGAAUUCAGUGACAUCAUUGCCGAUGAAUCAUUACCAGGGUUGUCAGUUGUUCCUGAAGAUGCAUCAGAUGAAACCUGGGCAACGUGGAUAGGAGAGCAGUAUACCCCCAACUACCAUGUCGUCGGAACCACGUCCAUGCUCCCUCGUUCCAUGGGAGGAGUGGUAGAUAGCCGGCUGAAGGUGUACGGAACUACAAAUGUACGAGUGGUUGAUGCGUCUAUUCAGCCGCUGCAGCUGUGUGGACAUCCCAUGGCAAACCUCUAUGCCAUUGCGGAGUGGGUGUCAGAUAUGAUCAAGGAAGAUGCAGCUGAUCAAGGCGGUAGUGAUUGA